UGUAUUUUUAAUUUAUGUAUAACAUUUAAAGUUAGUUUAUCAUUGUGAAACAAAGACAUUGAAUAGAAAAAAAAAACAAAUUGAUUAUUUUGAAAUAUCCAAGUAGAAAAAAAAAAUGUGAUAAAAAAAGGGGCAUAAAGACUUUGGUGAAAAGUAUAUGAUUCACAUUGUCCUAAAUAACUAAAUUGCACCCGAAAAUUAAAAAUGAAACAGUAGAGUAAAAAUGAGUGGGCAUAAAAUUGUUGUGACAAGAAAAUCCUAAAAAUUCCGUGUAAGAUUAAAGACCUCCUUUGAAACCGCCUUCAGUCAACCGGCAACUCACUCCUUUCUGCCCGUAACUUUGGAAAACACCCGCAAUCUUUCUCUCUCUAACUCACUCACUCACUCUUUUUCUCAAAUCCCCAUCAAUUUUAUUCAUCAUUCUGCAAAUCCCAGAUUUUAUUUUCUAUCUUUGGUUCGGAUGAUCAUCUAGCAGCUACAAACUCAAGGAGAAACUUUUUAAUUUCUUCUCAAUGUUCAAUAAUACUUCCAUGGAAGGCAAGCUUUAUGUCCCUUUUCUUGUUUUUUGCAUUUCUUUUUUCAUAAUCUUUGAUGGGUUUUUUGUAAACUGUGAUAACCCUUUACCUGAUAAUCAGCUCCUUCCUAAUUGCAAUGAUAAUAAUAUUGAUAAACAUAGCAAUAACAAUGACAAUGAUAGUGGUGACCCUUUUCUGCACAAUCAACACCAAUCUCAAAUUGAUAAGCUUGAACAACUGGUGAAGAAUUUGAGUGAGCUAGUUACAAGAUUGGAGUCCAAAUUUGAUGAUUCAAAAAGCUAUGUUAAUAACAAAGACAAGGGUGAUAGAUCAGCUCAUAUUGUGGGGAGAGAUGUUGGAAUUCAUGAUGAGGGCUCUAAAGGUGAGGUUGGUGGUGGUGGUGCUGCUGCUGCUGCGCCUGGGAAUCGAUUGAAGGCGGGUUCCAUCACAAAGUACAGCCCUUUUUGGUCUGAGAAAUUUCAGUUUAUGUCGGCUGUGAGUUUGGAUUCAGUUGCUACUAGUGUUAAUGUUUUACCCUUUCGAGAUUACGAGGGUGCUAGUAAGUACAUCGCGGUUGGCGAUGAUAGCGGCCGAGUUUACGUCUUUUUGAGGAAUGGGGAUGUUUUGGUUGAGUUCAGUACCUUGACUGAUUCACCUGUUACUGCUAUGCUUUCUUAUAUGUCAGCUUAUAUGAACGAGAGCGUGUUGGUUACAGGACAUAGUAAUGGGGUUAUUUUGGCUCAUAGGCUUUGGGAGACGUCGCUUGCUGAGGAUUUGAGUUCCCUUCACAUGGAGAAUCAUGUGGCAUUGGAUACGGGGGAAGCUGGGUCGAUUGGCGCCCCAGUCUCAAUCUUGGAAGUCCAUCAUGUUGCUAGAUCUAGAUACAUUUUGUCAGUGGAAGGGAAGGGGAAAAUCAAGGUUUUUAGAGAGAAUGGUACUUUGUAUGGGUUGGCUGUGCCAACGAGCCGCCCCCUGGCUUUCCUGAAACAAAGGCUUUUGUUCUUGAUGGAGAAGGGUGCCGGAUCUUUGGACUUGAGGACUAUGAAGAUUAGGGAGACUGAAUGUGAAGGUCUGAAUGAUUCCACAGUGUCUAACUAUGUGUUUGAUGCUACUGAGCGGUCAAAGGCAUACGGGUUUACAUCAUCUGGCGAAUUGAUUCAUCUAUUAUUAUUAGGUGAUGUGACGAAUUUCAAAUGCAGGGUUAGAUCCAGGAAAAAGUUUGACAUGGAUGAUCCUCUUGCAUUUCAGGCAAUCAAGGGAUACUUACUAAUCAUAGGCCAAGAAAAGAUCUAUGUGUAUAAUGUUUCAACUCAGCACUAUAGGUCUGGUGCUCCUCGUCUUACAUUUUCUGCUGGUAUAGAGGAGAUCAAAUCAUCAUUUUUACCUGGUCAAGCUGUGGAUGAGAGCGGGAAGGAAAAAGCAAUACCACUAAUAGCUAGUGACCGUGAAAAGCUUGUUAUUCUUGGUCUUGGAGGAGGAUAUGUUGGAAUGUACCGUUCAAAACUUCCAAUUACCAGAGGAGAGUCCAGCGCAGUACUCUGGACAAGUCCUGUAUUGUUCUUCAUACUCUUCCUCUUUGGAGCAUGGCAGUUCUUUGCCAAGAAGAAGGAAGCACUUACAUCAUGGGGCCCAGAUGAUCCCUUUAAUUCCACCUCGGUCACGAGUGGAGGAGCCUCAUUAGGGUCUGGGUCAGGAGAAAGAUCUUAUACUGAUUCGUCAUCAAGAAAUGCUGACAUCAUGGAUAUGAGGAAUAAUGGUUUACGAGGUCCUUCAAGAAGGUAUACUUCUCCAUCCCGAUAUCCUGGUGGAGGCAGCUCUUUUAGGCCAAGUGCUGUGGACACUAGCUCCAGACCGUUAUCUGUUGAUCCCAAUUAUAGAGCAACCUCGGAGCUGAAAUUCAGAGGUUCUAAUCUAGACUCUUCUGCUUUCCCCAAACGUAGAGAGAACAUGUAUGAUGAUGGAAAUUGACUUGCAAGAUAGAUCGAUCAGGAAGUGUUGUAGCCUGCUAGGUGACAGGUGUUUUCACUGAAUUUUGUUUUUGUUCCAUGUUCUAUCAAUAUGUGUUCAUAUGCAGUAUUUCUGUUUGAGCCUCUACCCUAGUUGUAAUUUUGAAAUACAAUAAUGCUAGAACUUAUUAUAGUUCUAUCCAUAUAUUUCCACAGGGGUUAUGCUUUUCUUUAGGAGAACGUUAUUAUAAUGCUCAGAAAGCAUAUUGUCAUACACUUUUCUUUGUCAA